AUGGGACCACUAGAAGAGGCUUUGAAAGAGAUUCAAGCUGCGCACCCCGCGGUUAUUGCCUCCGAGUCCUCUGCAUCCACUGGAGCUGAGGGUGUCUUCCGUCUGCGCUCCACUCCUCUCGUAAAGGCUGGUGGUACCUCUGCGACAGCUUCGCAGAAUCCUGGCUCAACCGCCACUAAUGGCAACAUUCUCUUAGACCCAACAAUCGCCACUGGCUCUGCUGCGCUGUCCUUCGCCGUCGCGCAGGCGCCUUCCACGUUAAGCAUCGCUUCAACAUCUACGAAUGGAGGUGAAGGCGGAGGCCUCUUUGGGCACACUGAUUCUGUUGCUACACUACACUCACCAGAUGCUGAUGGAGUUUCGCGAAUGCAUCCUCCGCCGGUGAUGCCCCCACAACCAGCUUCCGCCGGUCUUGGAUGUGCUGGCAGUCCUGGAUUGCAUAUCAAAUGCCAUGAGGCAUCUGAUCGCAUUCUCUGCACUGUCAACGUUCUGUCAGGUACUUGGCAGAGUUCAGAUAACGAAGCCGUGCUGACAGCUGAAUCGUUGUUAAAUGGUGGUGGUAGCAGUGUUACGGGAGGGGAUGUGUUGAGCCUUUUUGAUCACAAUCAGUCUAUCUCCGGUGCUCCGACAGUCCACUCUGCUUCCUCCUCCUCCUCUUCUCUCGGUCUCCUCCCCAUCAACUGUGAUGCAGUCUCCGGUCUUGGAUCCGUGGAUGACUCGGUCUCACCGAGUGCUCUGGGCGAAAACAUGGAUGGUGGUCCACUUCAGACUACCAUGUUGAGCAACAACGGGGAUGACGAUGACGAAGAGGAAGAGGAGGACGGUGGAACCACAGAGGGUUGUCUCACCGAAGACGACGAGAACGACGAAACUCUAGAAGCUGGUUUACAAUCCGAGAAAUCUUCUGUUGCUGCAGCUAGCGCCUCAACUGUUGUUUCAUCGGCGGCUGCUGCAAUGGAAAAGUCGGUACUUUACCCCAAUCAGGCUCUACCUCCUCCCGUGUACACAAAUAUCAGCAAACUGCAGGCUGCGGCACAGAGAGGGGUUGGAGGAGCUCCCAAAGAUUCUGCCUUAUCAAUUUCCGACGAUUCUCGAAGAGCUGAGACACCUCCUCUUGCCGGUCCCACUCACUCUCUCUACGACAACCAAUCAGUGGAUGCACACUUGCUACCGCCGUCCAUUGUUGGUGUUCCCGCCUUUGGCAGCCUUCUCAUUGUGUACUCAUAA